GUUAUGCAUUUUUCAUUAAAUAUAAUAUUAAAAUCAAUUUAUUUUAAGUGGAUAGGCGGAAAUUCCGCUUAUCCUAAUCCGAAGACGCGCGGUGUACAUUUUGCUUAAAUCCAACCGUCCAUAGUGCCAUCUGUCAAGCAUCCGAACAACCACGCGGGGCAUUCCCUUUCCCCUCUCCCCGCUGAUUCCAUCCAUUCACUAUUCCUCUUUCAGAAGAUUUCUUCGUUUUUUUUAAUAAAUUUUGUAAAAUUCUGAAUGAAAUCAUUGCAGGGUCCCACAGAAGGGCAAAGAAAAAUCAAAUUAAUAGGAUUCUGAGGGACCUACCUGCAUAAUGAACAGCAGCCCGCCGGAGAUUUCCGUCACCGAUCAUGAACCUAACCGUCCGCCGUCGCCGGUACCAAACGCGGAGAAUGGCGAAGACCUAGAUUUUCAGGCUACAAAUCAAGAAGCAGAGAGCGAUGAUAAGAAGGAUAAGGAGAUGGAUGAGGAAUCGUUUUCAUACUCCUCGUCGUACUCGAACUCCGAUUCUGAAUCCGAUUUCUUCCAGAUCAAUCCGCCUGAGCUCGCCUACCCGCAGCCGACGCCCACCACCUCUAGCGAGAUCAAUGCGGAAGGCAUCGAGAAAAUCUGUAGCCCUCGUAAUAGAGAGAAGCCUUCCGGGCUCGGAAUCGAGCGACGAUCACCUGUGAUUCAAUCGAUGGUAAGGGAUCCGAACCGAAUCCCAUCUUCGAUAUUCGCGCGGAGCCCGAUGACGCCGAUGGAAUGGAGCGUAGCUUCCAAUGAGUCGUUGUUCAGCAUUCACAUGGGGAACUCGAGCUUUACGAGGGAUCAGAUGUUUUUGACGGGAAGAUCUGGGGACCUGAGGGGUUUUGCGAGCGGGACGAUGGAUUACCCAUCGCCGUGGAUUUCGCAGGAUUCGAGAUUGCCGGCGGCCGCGGCGGCGGGUGGGGUGGAGAGAAAGGAGAUGGGGGAUUUGGUGACGGAGAUAGAUGAGGCGGCGGCGGCCAGCGCGAACGCGGAGGCGAUGAGAGAAGUGAUGAGGGCGGCGGCGGAGGGGAAGGAGAGCGAGAAGAAGCUGAUGCUGGGAAGGAGCAUUUCCAGGCAUUCUGAUGGAAGCGCCACCAGCUUCGCCUUCCCAAUAUUGACAGGCGAUGGUAGAGUUGGAUCAAUAAAAGUAAAUUUUGAACCUCUAAAAGAUCAUCAGGUAAAUUCUCAAGGCAAGCGGUCGAAACUCUUCGCUGGUAAAGGAUCGACAGCUAGGAUGAGCUCCCAUCGCUCAGCCCAGAGCAGAGCCUCAGCUUCACCUCAUAGCCACUGGUUUCCAUGUUUCUUCACUUGUAAAUUUUGUUGCUGCUGUGAGUACCAUUGAAAACAUAUAAGCUUUCUGUUUGAGACA